CCUCUUAUAAGCCUUUAAGGGCAGUGCUUAAUUCACACCAGGAGCAAACAGUCCCACAUAUGAUAACAAGGGUCCUGCAUCUCUAACCGCCUUGCAUCAUCCCACUCAUCCACUCGCCAUUCGUGCUCAAUUUCUCCAUAUCAACUCCAGCAUUCAGCUCCUUCAGAUGCAACAAUCAUCAGCCAAGCUAUCAAUCUAGAUUCCUUCUCUAGUCAAACCUGCCUACACCCUCAAAUGGUGUGAUAUCAACAACAACCUGCAUACGUCUUACCAGGAUGCUGGCAUCUAAACAAGUUAAAUAGAGCAUCUAUUUCGACUCUUCGCUAACAGGGCCCAAGCAGGCAACGACAAACAAUGGAGCCAAUCGCCAUCCCCAAGACGCAGCGUGCUCUUAUCGGCACCGAGCGUGAUACCCUCGAACUGACAGACACUGCGCCGGUUCCUACCCCUGGAAAGGGAUGGGUACUGGUAAGAAACGUGGCGGUGGGCCUCAACCCCAUUGACACUAAGCUUACAAGCGGAUAUACCGUCCAUGGAGCAAUUGGCGGCUUUGACUGUGCUGGUAAAGUCAUUGCUCUUGGUCCAGACUCCUCAGACAGUCCUCUUAAAAUAGGCGAUGAGGUAGGAAUCAUGGUGCUUGGCAUGAACCGUUCCAUGCCGGACGUGGGAGCGUAUUCCCAGUACACUCUCGCUCAGGAGGAUUUCAUCCUUCGCAAGCCACCCGGGUACUCCCUUGCUGACAUGGCGUCUCUCGGCACUGUCUUCAUGGCUGCAGGCCUUGCCAUGAGGCGGCUUGAGCUCCCCGGGACACCCCUGCAGCCCUCGCCAACACCCCACUACGUGCUCGUCUACGGGGGUGGGACAGCAACAGGCACCAUCUUCUGCCAGUUGACGCGUCUGGCUGGUCUUCUGCCAAUUGCUGUAUGUUCCCCCAACAGCUACGAACUCGCCAAGAAGUCCCAAGCCGUUGAGUGCUUUGACUAUCGCGAUCCCGACGCUUCCGUGGACGCAAUCAAGAGGCUCACCAAGAACGGACUCAAAUACGCCUUUGACUGCAUUGGCUCGGUUGACUCAGCGCGGUUUUGCUUCCGAGCAAUCGGCCGAAUGGGUGGUCACUACGAGACGGUGCAUGUCCCCCACGAAGCCAUCACGCGAACGAGAAAGACGGUUAAGUCGGGAUUUACGUAUGGGCUUGAGAUGGCGGGGUUGGACAUCGACAUGCCUCCGCCUCAUGGCCGGCCUGGUAAUCCCGAGCUGAGAAAGUUUGGUGUCGAUCUUGCGCGGAUGCUGGAGGGGUUGCUCCGCGAUGGUAAGAUCGUUCCGCAUCCUGUCCAGCGCUUCAACAUGAUGUUCCUGAAACGAAACAAGCCUCCCAACGAGGAUGAGCACCAUGUUGUUCAUGAUGCGAGAGCUACUGCGGAGGAAGAGGCUGCCAUUGACUACCCUCACGGUAUGAAGCUCGCUCUAAUCAUGACAUCAGCUUAUCUGAGCAUGUUUUUGGUUGCUCUGGAUCGAUUAAUCGUCUCGACCGCCAUUCCAAAAAUUACAGACGAGUUCCGCGCCGUUGCCGAUGUCGGCUGGUAUGCAUCUGCAUACUUCAUGACAACAUGCGCAUUUCAGCUCAUGUUCGGCCGACUAUACACAUUCUUCAGCGUCAAGAUCAUCUUUCUAAUCAGCAUCUUGAUCUUUGAAGUUGGUUCAGCAGUUUGUGGCGCUGCACCAUCUUCCACUGCGCUUAUCGUUGGUCGCGCAAUUGCUGGCGUUGGAAGUGCUGGGAUUUAUGCCGGUGCUGUUAUCGUGACGGUGUACUGUAUCCCUUUGGAGAAGAGAACUCCUUACCAGGCUGUUGUUGCUGCCAUAUUUGGUGUCACCAGCGUUUUAGGUCCUCUACUAGGAGGUGCAUUUACAGAUUCUUCAGCGACGUGGAGAUGGUGCUUUUACAUCAAUUUACCCAUCGGGGCUGUUGCUGCCGCCCUUCUCGCGUUCCUACUUCAGGUCCCCGAUCGCGCAACUGCUCGCCUUCCCCUCAAAGAAAAGCUCCUUCGUCUCGAUGGCCCAGGAUGCGUUAUGCUUCUCGGCGGUAUCAUUAGUCUUCUUACUGCUCUUCGAUGGGGAGGUACAAAAUACCCAUGGUCCAACGGUCGCAUCAUCGCACUUUUUGUUGUUACUGGCGUCUGCCUUAUCGCCUUUGUCGCCAUUCAGAUCCUGUUUCCGAAUCACGCAACUGUACCGCCGCAUAUCUUUACUCAACGCAGCAUCGCAGCCUCAUCUUUCUCCAUGUUCUGUACUGGAGCUACGAUGAUGACAACACUAUACUACCUUCCCAUCUGGUUCCAAGCUAUCAAGGGCGUCAGUGCUGUUCAAUCAGGCAUUCGCCUUCUGCCCACUGUCGUCGCUCAAGUAAUUGCGUCGUUUGUUAGUGCUGGUGGUGUUCAAAUUAUUGGACAGUAUAUGCCUUUCAUGCUCGUUGGCAACGCCAUCAUGUGUGUCGGUACCGGACUUCUCACUUUACUCAAAGUUCAUACGAGCAGUGGAGAGUGGAUUGGCUACCAAAUCCCCUACGGUUUUGGUUUAGGCAUCACCCUCCAGAUCCCUCUGGUCGCAUCACAAACUGUACUGCCUUUGGAGGACGUCCCGACAGGCACGUCUGUCCUGAUUUUCUGUCAACUCUUGGGGGGUGCCAUCUUUGUCAGCGUUGGACAAAAUCUCUUCACAAAUGAACUGGUACGAAGAAUCAGUGUUAUCCCUGGUGUUGAUGUAUUCAAUCUUCAACAAGAAGGUGCUACCAGAAUUUUGGAUGGCUUGAGUGAGUCAACGAAACGGCUUGUUCUUGUUGCCUACAACUCUUCUUUACGGCAGGCCUUCCUUUGUGGACUCAUUCUCUCCUGUAUAGGCUACCUGGGGGCUGUUUGUAUGGAGUGGAGGAGUAUCAAGCAGAAUAAGCCAAAAGAGGAGACACCAGGGACUGAAAGCACAGAGACGAAAGAGACAGCAGGGGAACCAGUUGCCGAGAAUGCCAACACGAAUGGCAAUAGUAGAGCAUGAGAUCAGAUACGGAAAAGCGGCAUUAAAAUGGUACAUUAGAAAAGAACUUUGGGUUCCAGCUAUUGAAUGAAACUUGAUGACAG